UUCAGUGUUCGCAUUGAAGUUUUAUUUUGUAAAAUGAAAAUUAAUUUGGAUGAUGGGAUGCCACCGAACUUAUCGGAGAGUCUCCUCCCGGAGACAGGACCUCGAAAGCUGGAGAAGACGAGGUCUUUAGAGUCAUGUGCCAGUUCCAUCGAUCCUGAGUGCAGCUGCGAUGAAGCUAGCUACGGUAUAGGUGACGCUGUAUUCUCCUGCUUCAUCGUGGCUCCUCACGUUGUCAGCAUCUGGCGUGGAACAUGGGGCUUGAUGGAGCUGAAGCCAACGCUGUUCCCCUUCGCCCAAAUAUACCUUCUGGGUAUCGUGAUACAUAUCAGCUUCGCUAUUGUUCGAACAAGACUGUUAGCUCGUUCAGCCGGAGCAUGGAGCAAACCCGAUGGAGGCGCCAUCUCGUGGGUGCGCGAGAGGAUAAUAACUCGGGUGUACGCCUACAUAUUUAUUCUGAGCAACAUUAUGCACUGGCGCGGCGGCUGGGGCCUGCUCGAUAUGUUUGUUGACAGGUGCCUGCCGGACAUUGAGGAUCCGCAUAGGCCAGUACUAAUAGGCGGAAUAACCCUGCUCUUCUACAUUGCGAUCACGGUGUUACGGUCCUCCCGCAACCUGCUCGCCUCGCCAUACUUCCUAGUCACAGAUGGAAAGGAACCCACCUAUAUAUUUACUACUAGAUUUCAAAUUUCGGUAAGUACUCUUUACUACCUAUAUAAGAUUGGUACAAACAAAGCUACAUAUGUAGCUACAUAG